AUUAGAAACGUCAAAACAAUAUUUUCUCAGUUUUGUUUCACCAAAUAAUAAUUUUCUUAUUGAAAUUCUGAUUAAACCAACGAAGUAACAUUUUAACCAUAUUUGAGUGUACAAGUGCAAUCGUGUGAAAAUAAGCACAAUUAAAAUAUAAUUUGAUAACUAGUUCAUCACUCUUUGUUAUUUUUGGUAAACUAUUUUUGGCCGCUCUAGUUUCGGUGCAGAAACGAAGACCAGAUUGGAUUAUAUUUUCUCGUCCAGGACAUAAUGUCUUCCUGCAAGAUUAGGAUCAUAAGAGUAUCGCUCGUGUGAUGGUCAUGAGCUCGUGUGCGAUGGGGGACGCGGUGCUGCGCGAGCGGCUGCCGGCGCUGUGGCGGCGCAUCGAGGACGCGCACUACAGCUACCUCGAGAUCGACGACAGCCCCGAGAAACUGCAGCUGAAGAAGAAACUUGAGGGCUACAUCCUAGAGUACCUCACACUAGUCCCACACGAGUGCAAGUUCGGACUGGCGGAAACUGGCAAGGUGUUCCAGCGGACGAUCAACGAGCUGUCUGACUACAGCGCGUACCGAGCGGGCAUUGGCUGGGCCGCCAUCGCUCGGUACGCGGGUAACCUGCUCGUGCAACCUUGGCGGAAGGAGUACCGGGUCAUUCGGUUAUAUUCCGGUUUCUACAAGCACGAGGUGGAAGCCAACAUGGUGGGCGCGGAGGUCAUGCUGCAGGCCAUGGGGUACCGCUCCAUCGGCUCCGGCCGCCUGUCGCUCGAGGGGCCCGCGUGUCCGGACAUGGUGGCCGCCAUAUCACGAGAUGCGCUCAUAGCUCACUGCGAAUGUCAGAUAAUGGCGCAAAUCUGGGAAGCGGUGUGGGGAAAUGGCGUGCGAGUGACGUGGGCGGACGUGGCCAGGGACCGCGCCGCGCACGUCCACUCCGUGGCGGCUGCUGCGGCCAGGCUCUCCGGGUACACUGAGGAUGCUGAAAUUUACUCUAAUGUGCCAGCAACAACAACAGAAACACAACGGAGGCUCAUAGAAACCCAAUUUCCAGUUAAUUCACCGUGCAGCUGCACAGAUCAGCCCAUAGACGAACCCGUACAACCUGUCAUAAACCCAUAUAUGAUGAACAUGGUCCCGCCACAUAACAUGUACCCAAUGCAACACAUGAACCAAGACAUACCUGUGACAGUACCGCAGUGUAACCCAGUUCCAAUGAUGACCCCUUAUGGGCCUGUACCGUAUUACUACCCCGUUCAAGCCCCAUACAUGAUACCAACUCCAGUAUACGCACCAAUCAAACACGCAACAAAUAUACCUGUAAACGGUUACCCUCCUAUGCCUCAAUAUAACAGGUACCCAUCAGUACCAACGGGACAGUUGAUAGAACUAGACGCGCCAUCUGUGUACGAAAAUGGCAAAUUCGAAAGGCAUCCAGAAGAAAGGAGCCACAGACGAAGCAAAGAGACUUUGAAACGACCAAAGUCCGGUUUCAGUGAUGUCUCAUUACCAAGCUUACCCCGAUCCGAUACACAGCCAACUCUAAGUAAAGCAAAAGAAGACGGUAUGGGGACUUAUGAAAGUUGGGACUACGUUUUUAGGAACUUAUCGAGUAAGGAUCACGAUGGUGACAGUAGAAGCGGUUUCUCACAGUCAUUGGACAGAGAUUCGAGGACAUUGGACAGGUUAGAAAAAGAGGAAAGGAGGUCAAAAUACCAACCUACUACCCUCGAUUUAGAAGAUGGACUCCAAGCUUUAAAUCUCGACAGGACUUAUGAUGAAGAUAUGUAUAGGACUGCGAAGGUUAACGAGAAUUUGAUGAGGCUAAAAUUGGAACAGGAGACAAAGAGAGCCAGGCAGAUAGCCAAAAAGCAGGCUGAUGAAAAGAGGCCGAAGAAAACCAUUGAAUCAAUCGGUAACCCUAAAGCAGAUGGUCUAGUCACAUUGAAAGUUGCACCGGAUAAGGUGAAACUUUUAACGAAGAAAGAGAUUAAGGAUAGGAAAGAUGUAAUUAAGCAGCAGAACACGAAUGGGUCAUUGUCGAAUUCAGUGGAGGUAAAAAAGGUGAAGAAGCCAACGAGGUUAGUUGCAGCAGAAGUGGAAAAAAAGAGUAAACCAGUAGAGAAUGGAGUGCACAAGACAAAUUCAAUCUCGCACACUUCGAAAAGCACAGGAGUGGCAAGCGGACAACAAUCCAACUACGAUUUAAAAGCUCAACUAGUCGUCUCGCUCGACGAGCCCGAUUACAUCCGAACGCUGCCGAAGGUGAACGGCGAACGCGAACGCGAACAAACAUCAAGUCGUGCGAGCACCGAGCGCCCACUCACUGAAACAGACACGAAAAAGGACAAAUGGCAGUGCGGUACGUGCACUUAUUUGAAUAAAAACUCUUUGGUAGCGUGUGAAAUGUGCGGCAAGUCGAAGAGGGGGCCGGAAAUCGAACCUCUGACCUCGGGAGGGAGGGAGUGCCCCGCUUGCACGUUGGUCAAUAAGAGGGACGCUAGGGCAUGUGACGCAUGUGGGACUAGCUUGGAACAUUGUCCGACGUAUAUAUAAUUCUGUAGUCAUAAUAUAAGUUGUAUUAGGAACAAUUUGUUUUGGGUGGUUUUUGAGAAUGCUGAAACUGUCGAGAAGUUUAUUACAUAUAUUAGUAUUUGCGUAAUUUUGUCGGACUUUGCCUGACAAUCUGCAUAAAAUUUGGUGUCAUUUCAAUCAUGUAGAAAAUUUCACUUAAAAACUGGCCAAUUUUGCUUUGACAGUUUUAGAAUUAUUGGUAAAGAAAAUUAUACCUAAAAGCCUUUAAAUAAUAUAGUCCAAUAUUCAAUAAAAUCCCAAAUUCAGAGCAAAUUCAACCUUAACUAUUGAGUUUAAGGUUGAAUUUGCAAAUGAGACUACUUCAAUUGAGUGCCAAGAAGUUGUGUUUGGCACUCAUUGAGUGGGGACGUUUUUGGUCGCUGAUUGUGCAUCCACUUUUUAAUAAAAGAUCUAUGGUCGUUUCUCGAAAAUUAUUAAGCACAGCGAAUGUGUAAUUGUAAAAUAAAUAACCUUGAAACUGGUGAAAUGUUCUAGUUUGUCGCUACGAAAAGCCAAAACGAAAGGAGAAUUAAAGGCCCCAUUUUGUUUUUUUAUUGCUUGGUAACUCAAAAUUACAAACCAUUAUAAGCUCUUUUAAAUAAAUGUCAUUUUGCUAACAUCGUUCUAGUAAAGGUAAAAACUUCGCACAAAAUUACGCAAGUAUUAGUUAUUAUUUUCUGUUUUGAUAAAUUAUAUCUAAAUCUACAUAAAAAUGGUCAAGGAGAUGAAAUUCAUGCAGUAAUACUUACAGUAUGGUUUGGGAUACAUUUUUUUUAGAUAAUAGGAGAUUAAAGGGGCAUUAUGAGACAGGGGCAGGUUAUACGCAUAAAAUUGUGUUAUAAUAUAUUAUUUGAAUUUUUGGAUCUACGAGUAUGCUUGAGUUAGUUACUAAAGGUGCACUUACACGGGCAAAUAAAAUCGCUCGAUUCUUUGCAAUGUUGGUUAACUAUGACGUCACGACAUGAAACUAUUGACUGCAAUGCCUGGAAACACUUCAUAUUCAUAAUAUAUUCAUAAUUUGUUUAUUUGUUGAGAAUAAGCAGAUUAACAAUAUAAUUAUGAUUAUAUAAUGAUUUAUUUAUUUUGCUAUCAUCCGCGAAAAUUCGGCGAACCCAUGCGACAACGUCACCCAGGUCCGACAAAAUACUCUCUACGUACGUUUCACCCCGAAACCGGAGCAUCCUCAGGAGAUGUUGACUCUACAACGUGCAAUUGCAAAGUGUCGAUUUCGACCUUUGCUUCGUCUUUU